AUGACAACAGAAAAUAUUUCACCAUUGUCUUCAACUUCGAAAAUUUAUCAUCGACAAAAUAAAUUUAAAAAAAACAGUGAAAAUACUUCACCAACCAAUGUUAAUGAUUGGACAAUAACAUUUUGUAUAAUUGGUUCUGCUUGUUCAAAUAAACGACUUCUAUCUUCACUUGAAGAUCGUUAUGUAUAUGAAUGUAUUCAUGAUGAACGAGAAGUAAUUCGUACAUUAACUGAAACGAAAAUUUUAUUAUCACAACGACAAUUACGUAUUUAUAUUGUUGAUUCAUUUGAUGAUUCUAUAUUUCAAUAUUUAAAAGACAAUGAAGAUAUUUAUACAAUUAGUUCUGAACUUGUAUUAUCAUGUGCAGAAAAAGAAAUUGAUAUUCCUGUACCAAGAAGAAAUCGACCAUUAUAUUGUCAACAUUUAUCUUCAGCUGUCAUAUGUUUUGUUGGAAUUCGAAGAGAUACACAUACGGAAUUAAGUGAUUUUGUUCAUUAUCUUGGUGGAUCUGUACGAAAAGAUUAUAGUGAUCAAGUAACACAUGUUAUAUCACAUGCAAAUAUCGGUGAAAAAUAUCUCACAGCAUUUAAUAUGGAAAGAAGUGAAAUUCUAACAGAAGAAUGGCUUUUACAUUGUUGGCAUGAACGAAAUAAUCGACAAUUUAAUCCAUUUGAUUCUGAACUUAUUCGAAUAUAUCGUGCUAAACCAUUACAUAAUCUUAAUUUAUUCUUUUUUGGUUUUAAUAAUGAUAAUGAAUUACAACAUUUACAUACUUUAACCAAUGAACAUGGUGGAUUUAUAACAAAAGAAAUGAAUGAAGCAACACAUAUUGUUCUUUCUGAUAUAAAUUUAUUUAUAUUGACAUAUCCAUCAUAUACACGUAAACAUCGACAAUAUAUUGUCCAUGUACAAUGGUUUUGGGAAUGUUUAUGUUUAAUGGGUAAAGCUGAUGAAUCAAUGUAUAUUGUUAAUUUAACUAGUAAUCAAUCAACAACACCAGAUUCUUCAUUAUUAUUACUUUCACCAUCAAUACAUGGUGAUAGUCCAUUACAUGAUUCAUCAUUAAAUACGACUGUUAAACGAAAACGUCGACAUAAACAUUUGUUUAUAAAUGAACAAAUUGAUAAUACACCAAAUUCAAAACGUUUUAAUAGUAGUGUUAAUGAGAAUGAAAAUUUAUUAGAUGAUAAUAUUGUUAUAGAAAAACAACAAAAUAUUAAAAAAGAUAAUAAAUAUUUAAUUGAAAUGGAAUUAAGAGAAACUGAACGAAAUUAUGUUACAAUGUUAUCAAAUAUUAUUCGAAUUUUCAAAACUGAAAUGGAAAAAGAUGAUCGUCGAAAUGGUCCUAUUCUUACAAAAGUUGAAAGUACACAAAUAUUUGGUAAUAUUGAAGAAAUCUAUCAUUUACAUUUAUCUAUUGCUGAACAACUUGAUCGAGCUAUAAAUGAAGAUAAAUGUAUUGGUUCAAUAUGUUUAACUAAUUCUGUUGAUCUUUUACGUGUUUAUCAACCAUAUACAAAAUUUUAUGAUAAAACAAUUGAAGCAAUUCAUACAUUAGAAAAAACUAAUUCUCGUUUUUAUGCUUAUCUUAAAAUUUGUGAACAUAAAAUUGAAUUAGGUAAACAACAUUUAGUUGAUUUAAUGAUACGAUCUAUUCAACGUUUACCAAGUAUAUUAUUAUUACUAGAACGUUUACUUAAAUAUACAUCAAUAACACAUAUUGAUUAUCAAUUAUUAAUUGAUUCAUUAGAUAAAUUACGUUAA